GAACGGGAGUAGGUUAGGCAAUCGGUAAGAGACAGUAUAUAAGGGAGAGGAUCACGCGAACACUUCUCUCCAAUUUCGUUUUGUCCUUAGUGUCAUUCGUCUUACACUUACUUCGUUUAUCUUAAUUAUUUAAUUAAAAAACACGAUCGUGGUCUUUUAUCGGGCGAUUUUGCAUCUCAGGACUAAAUCAGCAUCAUAAUUGUCAUAGGAAAUAGCGAUGGAGACUGCAUUACGUAAGCGACAUAACUCGCAGUCUUUUUCGCCCAACCUAUCGUUGAGGGCAGUCUUUUUCGACCUGGACAAUACUUUAGUGGAGACGAGGAAGGCCGAUAAUCAGACUUGUCGCAAGUUGGCUGAGGAAUUGACGCGAGAAUACGGCAUCCCGGAAGAUGCGUCUGUCAAGAUAACGACUACGUAUCUGAAACAAUUCAGAAAAUGUCCGGACAACACGAGCCUCACGUUGGAUGCUUGGCGUACCAUUCUCUGGAGCAAGGCACUGGGCGACAAGUAUUCUCACCUAGCGAAAGACGUUUACGAACGAUGGCUCUAUUUAAGAUAUCACUACAUGAUGCCGGCGCCAAAUACGACGUCCAUGCUCCGUCAGUUGAAAAAAAAAAAUCUACUGGGUCUGAUCACCAACGGACCUUCGAACGCACAAUGGGAGAAGAUCCACAAACUGUCGCUGAUGCAAUACUUCGACGUUGUCCUGGUGUCCGCUGACCUGCCGUGGGAAAAGCCGGAAGCCGAAAUAUUUCAAAAAGCUUGCGACUACCUCAACGUGAGAGCUGAACAAUGCAUCAUGAUCGGUGACAAAUUGGAGACUGAUAUUUUAGGUGGAAUCGAGGCUGGAUUAUGCGGAACUGUAUGGAUACCCACUACAGAUAAACCUCGUCUCUCGAGCGAUGAUCCCAAACCAGAUUUUACAAUAAGACAUGUAACGGACCUCAUGCGUAUAUUGAAUAGAGGUCCAAACGCGCCGGAACUUGAGGACUGUUGUUCAAACGCAUCCGAUGGCAGCUAAUGAGACCUUUUAUUAUUUCUAAUACCAUGAAAAACGCGACUCGAUGUACAAGCAAUCACUAAGCAAGAUCUAUCGGAUGUUGUAGCAUUACAUCUCCUUUUUUUCAAGCAUGUGUUUAUACACGUGUUUAUACACGUACAUACAGUAUUGAGAUAUAAACAUAUCGAACUUUUUGUUUUUAUAUUAGAAAUGCAGAAUACAUCCAUGAAGCUCGCGUAAUAGUACAAUUAAGUACAAAAAGAACGUACCUCAAAAAUAAAUAUGCAAUUUAUUUUUUUUUACAUUUUAUUCUGGUAAUGUUGUAUUUUAAUAUUUUAUGACUAACUUUGCACGUAGGCGACGAAAGAACCACCGUUAUUACACUCGUGUAUUUACUGUAAUUAAUGUUUAUAGAUUUAUUGAAUUUUACCGCAAACAGAUGCCAGAUGAAAUAUAUUUUUGAGUUACCUUUCCUCAAAGUUAUAACGUAUAACUGCAAGAUACCUCAGCAUGUACCGAAUUUAAGAAAGAUGAGACACGUAUACAAACGAAAAGCACAAAGCAGAGCCAGUAGGUAAAUGAACAAAAUAAGACACAAUUAUGCACAAUUAUAUUAUCGCUUGUAUAAUUUAAAAUGCGCGCUCAAAUACAUAUGUAUUAAAGAUAUACCUCUACGACACAUAUCUCUUGUGUAAGUCUCCUGUACAAAUGUGUAGAAUUUGUACAUAUAUCUCUACAUAGAUCUGCAUAGACAUUGUACGUGUGCAGAUAUAAAUGUACAUGAGACGUAUAUUUUUUCACUAUGCAUAAUAUAUAUAUAUUUUAUCUCUGUUGGGAAUCCGCUUAUGUCAGGGAAACUAUAAACGACAAAUUCUAAAAACUUUAUAUACAGGCGUAUCAUACUUGUUUGUGUGGUGUAAUAGGAGGAAUAUACAUAUAAAUAAACGUGAAAUAUGUAUACAUGUGGACGAAAUAUUAAAUGCGCAUUUCCUUUUU